GCUGCAAUAACUUAGGGAGCUCCUACCUGGGUGACACUUGGGGUAGGAAAGUUUCUGUUUGUUUUGCUCUGUUUGUGAGGGUCCCGUGCAUUUCUCUGGCCUGUUUCAACGUGACUCUCGGUGUUUUUUGCACACCCUGCUCUGUGUGGGGGAGUGCCCCGACGUGCCUGUCUUAUGUGGCCUCUAUGGGCACACUACUCAGCUGGCAGAGAACAGGGAAGUUUUCGCCCAGCACCCAAAAAGAGAAAGAGGAAACUACUCUUUUCCUUCUGGGCUCCUUUCAACACGAGAAAUCAGGAUAAGUUUCUCUAUUCUUUCCCUGGAUUUUCUGGAGAGGUUUCCAGGAAGAAGUGAAACUUUCACCUUUAAAUGGAUGAGCAUGUCACAAUCAGGAAGAAGCAUCUCCAGAGACCCAUCUUUAGACUAAGAUGCCUAGUGAAACAGCUGGAGAGAGGUGAUGUCAACAUCGUAGACCUGAAGAAGAAUAUUGAAUAUGCAGCAUCAGUGCUGGAAGCUGUCUACAUCGAUGAGACAAGAAGACUGCUGGACACUGAAGAUGAGCUUAGUGACAUUCAGACUGAUUCAGUCCCCUCGGAGGUCCGGGACUGGUUGGCUUCUACCUUUACACGGAAAAUGGGGAUGACCAAAAAGAAACCUGAGGAAAAGCCAAAAUUUCGAAGCAUUGUCCAUGCAGUCCAAGCUGGCAUCUUUGUGGAAAGGAUGUACAGAAAAAGCUACCAUGUGGUUGGCUUGGCAUAUCCAGCUGCUGUCAUUGUAACGUUAAAGGAUGUUGAUAAAUGGUCUUUUGAUGUAUUUGCCCUAAAUGAAGCAAGUGGAGAACAUAGCCUGAAGUUCAUGAUAUAUGAACUGUUUACCAGAUAUGAUCUUAUCAACCGCUUCAAGAUUCCUGUUUCUUGCCUAAUAGCCUUUGCAGAAGCUUUAGAAGUUGGUUACAGCAAGUACAGAAAUCCAUAUCACAAUCUGAUCCAUGCAGCUGAUGUCACUCAAACUGUGCACUACGUAAUGCUUCAUACAGGUAUCAUGCACUGGCUCACUGAACUGGAAAUUUUAGCAAUGGUCUUUGCUGCUGCUAUUCAUGAUUAUGAGCAUACAGGAACAACCAACAAUUUUCAUAUCCAGACAAGGUCAGAUGUUGCCAUUUUGUACAAUGAUCGCUCUGUCCUCGAAAAUCACCAUGUGAGCGCAGCAUAUCGACUUAUGCAAGAAGAAGAAAUGAAUAUCUUUGCAAAUCUAUCCAAAGACGACUGGAGGGAUCUUCGGAACCUAGUGAUUGAAAUGGUAUUAUCUACUGACAUGUCAGGUCACUUCCAGCAAAUUAAAAAUAUUAGAAGCAGUUUGCAGCAGCCUGAAGGGAUUGAUAGAGCCAAAACUAUGUCCCUGAUUCUCCAUGCAGCAGACAUCAGCCACCCAGCCAAAACCUGGAAGCUGCACUACAGGUGGACCAUGGCCUUAAUGGAGGAGUUUUUCCUGCAGGGAGACAAAGAAGCUGAAUUAGGGCUUCCAUUCUCCCCACUGUGUGACCGGAAGUCGACCAUGGUGGCCCAGUCACAGAUAGGCUUUAUUGAUUUCAUAGUAGAGCCAACAUUUUCUCUUCUGACCGACUCAACAGAGAAAAUUGUUAUUCCUCUUAUAGAGGAAGCAUCAAAAUCCGAAACUUCUAGCUACGGAGCAAGCAGUUCAUCUGGCAUUGUGGGAUUACACGUUGCUGACUCUCUGAGACGAUCAAAUGCAAAAGGCUCCAUGAGUGAUGGGAGCUACGCCCCAGACUACUCUCUCACUGCCGUGGACCUGAAGAGCUUCAAAAACAACCUGGUGGACAUCAUCCAGCAGAACAAGGAGCGGUGGAAGGAGCUGGCCGCCCAAGGUGAGCCUGAUCUUCAUAAGAGCACAGAAGAUUCAGUAAAUGCCGAAGAAAAGCAAGCUGACACACAUCCAUAGAUACUAAAUACCUUAAAAGCUUCUGUCAUUUUAAAUGUGAAAGGAUAAUGAAAGCGGCAUGGCAAACACUGAAACCCUGGACUUUCCACAAAAACUCUAUUCUUCUCUUUCAAACAUACAAUUGGCUCAGGCCAUUUCAAGGAAUAAGGACAUAAAUUUGAAGUUAGUAACUGGCCAAAUACGUUCUCUCAACUUGUGAUUGGAGUUUUUGGUCAGCACUUCUACUAUUGUUUUUACCUCCAUAAUUUGGCCUUCUUCUACCAUGCCAGAUAAAUUUUGAAGACACACGUUGGAAGUUACAAAGUUUUCACCACUUUUAACCCAUCAUAGUGACUGUACAAUACAUGUACAGAUGGAACAGUUUAAAAUAUACUUCUGGUACUGUCCUAUACAGAAUGCUGUAACUAUUAAAUUUCUGAGGUCUUCAGUAAAAGAACAACAGAAAAAUUAAGAAAAAGAAUCGUUUUUUUCCAAGAUGAGGAAACAGGCUAUUGAAAGUAUCUUUAUUUUGAAUUCAUGGGAACAAAAUAAGAGUUGCGGCUGCUCGGUUGCUGUUUUUGACAUCUCAAGGCAACAGUGAUGCAUCAUAGCUGUGGCCCAGUGAAUUAAUGGACAUCUCAUUGUAAUUCUCAAGCUGGGAAGCAGUCCUGCAAUCUUUAUCUGUGACCUUCUCCUGCGACCAGCAGAUCACCUUGUGUCUGUCCUGGGCUUUCAUCACCUACAUGAUUAUGGUCACAGCACAAGCCACAUAAUCAUCAGUCCACCAUUACAAGGAGCAUUAGCCAUUUUUGAAGACAGAGACAAAGUGAGAAUGGAAUUUUUUUCUGGGGUGCUGAUCCCAUUUUGAUGCAAAAAAGUUAUAUUUCAUAGGACAGGGCAUAAAAAUGAGAAGUAUAUGUGUAUGUGUGCUUAUGUAUUGUGUGCGUGUGUGCAUGAGCAAAACUGUUUGUGGAAAUGGAAGCCAAUACUUUCCUGUCUAGAAAAUUAUUAUUUGUGUGAGUUUUUUACUAACAGAACAAAACUCCAGUCUCAGAGGGCUUGCUUCCUUGUCCCUUUUGCUGAGCAUGUGCUAAAUCGUUCCCUUGCCCAGACUGAGUAACUACCCGUACUUCUUUAAGUAACAAGAAAAAUCAAGUACAAUUGGUGUGGUAGGUUUUCAAUGUAAAAUAAAAUAAUUCUGAGAGUAAGUACAUUUGUUCUCAUCAAAGGUAGGCCUUGCUUGGGUGGGGUAAACAGAGACCAGCCAUCAGUUCAAUGAAGGAAGUUCAAUAAAGAAGGAAGUAGGCCCAACCGAUCCUCAUGAGUUGCCUCUUAUACUGCCUUCCUUCCCAGGUCCCAUGAUGCUAAGCAAUAUUUUAGAGACAGAUAAAACCAGAAGCUUUUAAGACUGAGUGGUGAGAUUCUUUUCAUGUGUAAGCCAUAUUCAGGUAUGCAUAUUCAAGUAUGCAUCAUUGUAAUUUAAGAUACAUUUUGUGUGUACACUAAAUAAACUGCGUUUAAAUGUUCUGUGAAUAAAAUCCUUAGCUUUAGUUGCAUCUGAAUCUUGUGCAGAGCACAGCUAAGUCAUUGAAUUGUAUCAUAGACAUAACAACACAAUUGAUAUUUUAAAUGUAAGCAGUAAAGAUGGAUCUAUUAAAAUGUGGUGGGGAAAAUUUAUAGAAAUAUAUUACAUGGUGACUUUUCUGCCCUUUAAAACAGACUUUUUAUUUCUAUAUUAAUGGAGAAACUGUAACUAUUGCCUUUGGUGUCUUUUUAAAGACCAAGCUAUUGGCCAUCUAGAAAAUGUUCUGUAUUUAAAACAGAGUGUAUCUUGGAAGUCGGAUUCCUUUUGUUGCUGUUUGAGCCAGUGGUCUUUCUGUGACUGUACACACUCCUGAGAGGAAUAAAUUGAAACACGGCUUCUCAAAUGGCAUAGAAACACAUUCACUUUGUUGUUAUGUAUAUUUUAUGAUCUCUGUACUUUGUUAUAAAAAUAUAGAGGAAUACAAGAGUUCAUAAAUUCCUACUUUGGGGCUUUAGUCUAAUUUUCUGGUUCUGUGACUCAGAGUGCAAUAACUGAACUUGUGGGAGUGGGGAAAAGACCUUACUUCUUCAGUUGUCACUCAGCUUGACACAUAGAUUAUGUUCCUGAUACUCUUCUCUUUUCUGUCUUCCACAUUACUUAUCUUCUUUUUUCUUCUUCCUCCUCAUUCUAUCUUUCCUUUUCUCUGUAAAAGACAGCUAUUCUUGGCAUUUAUUAGCAAGAAGUUAUACUGAAGUUUGCCUGUGCCCAUGGCUUCAGCAGACACAAACAUUGAGUUGUUCUGAAAAGACACUGCAGGCUUUGGUUUGCUUUUCUUAAGAAUCCUACUUUGCAAUUCCAUCCACAGCUACCACAUAUAUCUGUAUCUCUCUCUUUAUGUAUAUAUUGCCCUUUCCUUUAACUAGAACUUCUUUUAUUUAAUUUUUAACAUGAUUACAAUUCUUGUGUUUUUAUUACGCUGUAAUUUUCUUAUGCUGUAAUUCUCAGUAUUUCCUAUUAUAUAUGAUUGCUAAAUAAAUCAUUUGAUGGAAAA